GGGUAAUUAGGCUUUGUUUUUAAAUUUAUAGUUGUCAUCAUAAUAAGGGGAGACUACUGUGACUUAUUACAAACAUCAACAAAAACAACAAUAAUGGAGGAGGAGGAAAUUAUUUGUCCUAAAAAUAUGACUCAUAUCUAUCAGAGACCCUGCACUGAAGAUGAAUCAUUUGAGCAGGUGGACAUUAUUUCAUCUAAGCUGCCACCUGCCGGAAUAGCCCUCUACACAGAUGUGCUGGUUACUACAAGGACUGACCCACUGACCCGCUCCACAUUCAAUGCAAUGCUUGACGCAGAUGGAAGAUUGGUCAAUGAACAUCAGUUAAGAAAAGCUGUAUUCCUUGGUGGUGUAUCACCAGACAUUAGGAAAGAAGUUUGGGGUUUCUUGUUCGGCUUAUAUCCAUGCAACUCUACUGCUCGAGAAAGAGAAGCACUUCUACUAGAUAACAUAGUUCAGUACCAUGAAAUGAAAUCCAGGUGGAAGACAUUACUUGUUCUAGAUUCUCAGCCAAAUGCUACACCCAUAGAACAAGGACUGGUUGCAAGGUAUCAAAUUCAAGCUCAAAAUGUAUCUCAAAAUCAGUCUGACACUACAGAGGCAAUCUUGCAGGACACACUCUCAUCUGUUUCCACUUCAAUGCACAGCGAUAAAAUUGAUUUUAGAUGUCUAGGUCACCCUGAACUAGCAGAGUCAUAUAGUUCCUCUGAGAUGAGUCAAAAAAUUACUUUUAUGAGGCUUCAAGCACAGGUUCAAGUUAAUAGACAGAAGAUUGAUGUAUCAAAGCUUAGGUCAAAUAUACGAGUCAUUGACAAAGAUGUACCAAGAACAGACAGGGAUCAGCCAUUCUUUAGUGGUCAUGGGAAUCCUCACCUGUCAGAAUUACGAGAUGUACUCAUCACCUUUGCUGCCUAUCAUGAUGCCCUGGGCUAUGCUCAAGGUAUGAAUGACAUACUGUCUAGAUUCCUCUACGUAAUGGGUUCUGAGGUUCAGACAUUUUGGUGUUUCAAAACCUAUAUGGAGACAAUAGGCAAUGACUUUAUGGAGGAAGGCAUGACGCAUAAAAUAGAUCUUGUCAGGAUGCUACUGCAAGAAAUGGAUCCAGCUCUACUCAAACAUUUGGACAUAAUUGACCUUGGUAACUUGUUCUUUUGUCACAGGUGGCUAUUGCUGGGUUUCAAGAGGGAGUUUAGCUAUGAAGACUCCUUAAGAUGCUUUGAGAUUCUGUCCAGCCAUCACAUUGAGCUGACCAGUGUGGAGGCAGCACGGGCAGUUAUGAGAGAGGAGAUGAGAGAAUUUGAAAACACAGGUGGUGAUGUUCGUACCACUGGGCCAGUGACUCACAAGGAAUACACCUUUGAGGUCUUCAUGUGUGCCACACUUCUUACUGAAUGCAGAGAGGAAUUAUUUAAUUGUCUGGACUGUGGUCAAGUCUUUAGCCUUAUCAAAGAAUUAAAAUUUGACCUGGAUUCCUUGCUGACCAAAUCUGAAAGAAUGUUUUUUAUUUAUUGCAAAAAAACUGUUGGUGAAAGUUUCCAGAUGGUAGAUACCAAGUCUGACCAACUUAAUAAACCAAGUUUUUUGGCUUCUUUUUUGAGAUAUAUAUGAUACGAUACAUUGAUUUUUUUUUUUAAUCUACUUUUGUGAUUUUUUUUUGGCUUUCUCAAAACAUAUUUAGCAAGAAUUAUUUCUCGAUAUUUCUAUUACAACUUUGGUUAUCACAAAAAUGAAAUUUAAUAAGUUCCUGAUGCAUCUCAAAUAAAUCUGUAAAUAAAUACAUCAAUUUUUGAGAUUGUGAUAACAAUUUGAAUCUGUCAUUCUUGAGUCAUGCUUUUUGAAUUUGAGGUUUUAUUGUCAAUAUUUGAUGUAAUUUAGUUUCACCCUCAUCUGUUUGUCUUGAAGAGUGGGUUACAUAAUUCAAUUUCCAAGUCAGUUGACACAAGCUCCAGCUGGAACAGCUUUCCCAGUGUCCAGCCGAACAUUCCGGGCUCACUUAGUUCUCACCAGUGACACGAGGAGGCACAAAACCAGUGUGCCUAGUCCUUAGAGGACAAAAAUGGUAAUCUUCAUAUCACAAUGAAUGAGCUAUAAGCAUUAUUAAAUAAAGCUUCAUAUUUUAUUUACAACAGGGCUGCACACUAAUGUUUCAGACUUUCAGUUACUUAGUUUUAGUUUUGUUCCAUGGGGUUUAGGUGUCUGUGAUUCUAUUAAGAAUGUUAUGGCAACAAGUUAAUCACAAAGCUUUGUUAACAUAUUAUGAUCAUAACAGGUCAUCUACGGUAUAGGGCAUUAAAGGUUGAUCAUCAUAUUUGAGUUCCUUAUGACCAGUUCCACAUCCUUUCUCUGCUCUGCUGAAGCUUAAUGUGCUUUGAGUUGUUACCAAAUGGUUAGGGUUCAAAUCAAAUAUGCCUUUAUCCUCUGCGAUCAUGCUAGAAUUUUUUGAGAAAGAACACUUAUUUCUCAAAAGAAAUAGAUCAAAUUUGUUUUUUGUCUUGUCCUUCAUUAAUUGAUUACUUGGUUUUCUUUCAUGAAAAAUAUAUAGCAGCCUGAACAAUAAACAACUACAUUCAAAGCUGUAUAAAAGUCUAAUAUGUUAAGCCCUUCUUUGAACAGCAUAUAAAGAUGUCAGUUUAGUUAUCUUUAAGAAGAAUUGAGCAAUGUAAACUGUGUAUUGUUAGAUUUGGAAAACUAACUUUCAUCAAGAUAGCGUAAGGAAGUUAUGCGGAUGACAUAAUCAUCUAUCCUUUUGAAGUAAUAUUUGUAAAAAAAAAGAUUCAUAAAAGAUUCAUAAUAUAAUCAGUAGAAAAUGUCAAAGUAAAUGAACCACCUUGGAAGAUAAGUCACUAAAAGAGGUCUACCUGGACAGCAUGGUCACAAAAGAGUUCUAGGACCUUCAAGCAAGGGAAACCAUCAUAAAAGGCACAAAGUUUAAAGCUUUUUUUAAAAAAAGCGUCUUGUUAUAAAUAUUAAUAAACUUUUGGCCAAACACUAGCUCAAGAAAUAAAAAGAACGCAAUUCCUAUCAGUUGGAGAAAUAAUUAAGCACAGACAGCAGUAGCUGUUACAUAAGCUCACAAUGAGCUGAAUGACCAUCAGUACUCUGAAAUGAACAUUGCAGAGUAAGAAAGGAAUUGAAAAGGGAAAAAGUUGAAGUUAUAGUAUGAAACAAAUUAAAGUGAUGCACAUGUGGCUCUUCUGUCUCCUUAUAGUGAUAAAAUAUUUGUUGAAUGAAAAUUUCUUCCUUUGAGAGUUGAAGCCCAUUAGGGCAGGCUAUGCACAUUGUGGAAAUAUAUGUCAGUUUGCCAUUAUGAUCGGCUUUGUUGGCAACAAAGAAAUAUUGCCUAAUUAUAUUACUUCUACUACUACUGAUAUAUUUUAUGCUAUUACACUGUUCUUACAAAUUAUAUUCAAGGCCUUUCAGUUUAUCUCUUCCUUAGAUUACUCAUUUUCUUCCAGUACAAUAUAUUCAAAGACUAUCUUGAUGAGAAAGUUCAUUUGUCUUUAAAUGCAUUGAAUGUAAUCCAGUCGUAUCUAUCUUCAGUCCAAUUCAUAACAUUUUAAAAUGUAUAACAGUUAAUACUAUCAAAGUAUUCAGGAUAAAACCCUUACAUUCAGGAAUAAAGAUUUUCAGUUGAGGAUUAUUAACUGCACACCGGCAACAUAUUCUCUCAUUUAAUUUGUAUUUCUACUUUUGUUUAAAUAAAUAUCAAGGUAAUUUUGUGUGUAAAAGGCUACUACACUUAAGGUAUAAAUGCGAUUUGCCUGCUGAAGCUAGUGUCAAGACCAAUUGGGACAUGUUGAUCUUCAAAUGGAUCCUGGAAUGUUCUAGUUAUUAAUUACAUCAUCUUCCUUCUUGGCAUAUACCAACUUUUGUGUAUGGCAAAAAAAAAAAAAAGAUGUGCACCUUUGCAUUGGUUGGGGAUCACUAUAUUGAUUAAUCGGAUGACUCAUCUGAGAUCUGGGUUUAUUUUAUUGUAUUGCAAUGGUGGUGGGUCUUUAUGUUUUUUGUUUAAAAGACUUUGUUAUCAGAUCUUUGUAUUACAGAGACAGUUUAACUAAUUCCUCACCAGGUUUUUACCCACUUGUCCCCAUGUGUGUUAUUGCCAAUUUUUUACCAAUAAAUUGAUAUACAUUUUGUGCUGCAUGUAAAAAAAAAAAAUCAAUUUUUUUAAACAAUCUGGUCCCAUUAAAAAAAAAAAAGUUUAUAGCUUGGCAAAAAAAAUCAUCAUUGUGGAUGGUUCAAACAAACACAAAAACAAUGUAAAAGUUUUUUUUUAAAUACUCAAAGAUGUUAUCAAUUUUCUUCUUGAACUGUAUGGUCCCAUAUUGACACUUAAUAAUUCUAAUUCUAAUAAUUUGAUAAUUCCUCAUUUUUUAAUUUUAAAUAAUUUGUUUUAUGUUAAACAUAGCUAUUUUUUAAUCAAUUGAAUAACACAACAAACUCGUUUAAAAAUGAUAUUUUAUAUUUAUAAUUGUGCUAAAUAAAACAAGGAAACAAAAUAUAUAUAUGUAUGUAUAGGCAUAUGAAGAGUUAUCUCAAUAUUGAUUGGAGUCAAUUAGUUCAUUUAGAAUGACACUAGAAAAUAAUUCUAUUCUGAGGAAGCGGGGAGAUAUGAUUGACUGCGAUCAUGUGCCAGUGAUUUCCACUUUAAAAAAUUGUUGAAAAUAUUUUUUAACUGAUCCAGAUUGUUGAGUGGAAGAGAUAUGGGCUUAAAAAAAAUUCAGUUUAAAAAAAAUUCAGUUUAAAAAAGUUUUAGAGGAUUCUUGUUUCUACUAAAUACCCAGUACCUGUUGGUUGUAGUAAUAGUACAUUCUCACUAAGGUGUAGGAUUUAAUGUUGUGGAGUGAGCUUUCCUUAAAACUUGAAGACAAACAUAAAUAACAUUUAAUUAUUUUUGUUCACCAUUUCCUAUGUACAUAUAUAUGGGUUCUUCUGUCUCAAAAGACAAUAGAUGUGUAUUAAUUGCUUCUUCUUGAUUCAGGCAUCAUCUUCUAAAUAGGUGAAUUCAGCAGCGCCCCAUUUGCCACAGCUUGUCUAUAAGAAUGAAUUCAUUUUAGUUGUUACAAAUUGAGAGGCUUUCUUCCCCUUUCUGUAGUUUCGAAUAUAACUAGCAAAUCUAAUUUAACAAUGAUCAGGCAAGGUUAAACUAUUUGCUCAUUAAACUGUAAUGACUUUGUAUAUAAACACUUGUAUGCAUACAACUCUGAGAUAACAAACUUUACAAAGAGAUGUUUUAAUUCAUCCCAAUGUUUGUAAAAAGUCUAAAUGGAGGAUUCUCUCCCUAGUUUGUGUAUUUUCGGUUUGUCCAAAAUAAGAGAUUGUCAAUUAUUUAUGUAAUCUAGUUCCAUGUUAGUUAUGAAUACAUUUUUUUCCCCUCGAGAUUAUUUCUAAAAGGCCAGAUAGUUUGCAAAGUGUGUCAUAUGAAUACAAUUUACAUUUUAUUUUAUAAAAUUUUUACAACUUAGUGCAAUAUAUUCCAAUAUUUUAAAAUUGUGUUAAUAAAUUGCAGUAGAGAUUUAAAAAAUGUAGUAAUGAAAUUGAAUUGUUUAUUUGUAAAAUAUGUGUGUAAAAUUUUUAGACCAUUCAAAAAUACAAAUUCAAUAGUCAUCAAUUAUUAAGUUUGAAGAUUUUUUAAUUACAAAUUCAAAUGUAUUGAAAACGACAAUUUGUAUAUUAAAAUUGGAUCAUGUAUCCCUAUUUACAACAAAAAUUUCGGGUUCAAAUCCUUUUACUAUCUAAAGUAUAUUUUUAGGAAUAACUUUGAAAUUGCAAAAUAAUUUUUUUUGAUAGUCUUUAUGAGCUACUGGAAUGGUUUCUAUGUACACAAAUUGUAAGUAAAUCAAAUCAUUUGUUUUUCACUGUACGAAUAUAUCAAAAAGAAAAACAUUAAUAAUCACAAAACAAAUAUUA